GCUGUGAGGAGAUGGGAGGGAGCGCUUGAGGCACUGAGGCUAAUUGUUUCCAGAGCUAACCUAGCCUAGCCUAGCCUAGCUUAGCUCUCUCUUCAGUGUUGGCUGCGGCUGUAGGAGCUGACACACGGGGCGAGAAACGACCGACAGACCGCGCUACAGAGCAGCACAGACGGGGACGUGAAACCAUCUCUUUACAAAAAUGACUCCCACGAAACCAAAGAGUCUUGUCCGGGAAGCUUCUCAUCAGAUCAUCGCCGGUGGAUCAGCUGGUCUGGUAGAGAUCUGCUUGAUGCAUCCCCUCGAUGUGGUGAAGACGAGAUUCCAGAUCCAGAGGGGUUCAAAUGAUCCUCACAGCUACAAGAGUCUGGGUGACUGCUUCCGGACCAUCUUCCGCAAUGAGGGCAUCUUUGGCUUUUACAAGGGAAUCCUACCUCCGAUUCUGGCAGAGACACCAAAGAGGGCAGUCAAGUUCUUCACUUUUGAGCAGUACAAGAAGUUGCUGAGUUUGACCCCUUUGUCUCCUGCUUUGGCUCUGUCUGCAGCAGGUCUUGGUGCAGGGUUGACUGAGGCAGUUGUUGUCAAUCCAUUUGAGGUGGUGAAAGUCAGUCUCCAGGCCAACAGAGACGCCUUCAAAGAGCAACCCUCCUCAUUUGCUCAAGCCAGGCGCGUCAUAAACGCGGGCGGCUUUGGACUGCAGGGUCUGAAUAAAGGAUUAACAUCAACGCUUGGACGCCAUGGCGUUUUCAACAUGAUCUACUUUGGCUUCUACUUUAAUGUCAAGGAUGCCAUUCCCACCAGUCCGGACCCUACUCUUGAGUUCUUGAGGAAGUUUACCAUCGGCCUCGUGUCCGGAACCAUCUCCUCCUGUGUGAACAUUCCCUUCGACGUGGCCAAGAGCCGCAUCCAGGGACCCCAGCCUGUGCCAGGAGAGAUCAAGUACCGCACCUGCUUCCAGACCAUGGCACUUGUGUCCCGGGAGGAAGGAUAUAUGGCACUAUACAAGGGGUUGGUGCCCAAGAUAAUGAGGCUUGGACCAGGUGGAGCGGUGAUGCUGCUGGUCUAUGAAUACGUGUCUGGGUGGCUCAACAAGAACUGGUAACCAAAAAAAAAGGAAGGAAACCCACUUGUGCCUCAUGGAUUCUGCCUUCAUUCCAAUAUCGUUGACUGAAUGAGUUAUUUGUUCGAUCGUUCGUCUUGAAAUAACUGCCAAAUAUCUUUCGAAGGACAAACUCUGGUUUUUAUCUGCAGUGGAAAAACACAUUUCAAUGUAAAACGGGUUCCAAACAAUAGCGUUCAAAGGCUUUAAAUAUCUGUUUUCUAAUACAGUGUUUUAUCACCGUCCUAAAAUAGUGCAAGAUAUUGUAGAGAUAGAGAUCAGAGUUGAGCAAUAUUUUAAUUACGAUCACAGUUGAGGUUGCUGUUUCCCUCUGGUUGUCUUCACUGUCAAUCAAAUCAGGUCCACCCACGCCUUCAUAAUUCCGAUGAAGUGGAUUAUUCAGUUUAUGUGAGUCAUGUUGACCUUCAACACUGACUCAUGUGAAACCAAACAUAUGGAGUAAAGGUCUGAGCACGGGGGGAAGAAGGAUUUUCACAAUAAAAAAACAUACUUUUAAAGUAGUGUAGACCCGCUAUAGAGGGCUUUAGUAUGCAGUGGAUCAUAAUUAUGCUGUAUUACUGUAUAAUACUGUAUAAUUUGAUAAAACUGGAACAUGACCCGAGUCAGCUGAUUUUCACCGCCCCCCCCUUCAAAUUUGCCUCAUGUCCUAAAUUAAACUGUCCACACUGUCCCUAAAGACAUUUUCUAACACGUAUGUCUGUGGACUGUACACACACACAUAUAUAUAUAUAUAUAUAUAUAUAUAUAUAUAUAUAUAUAUAUAUAUAUAUAUACGUACACAUCUUCAUGGAAAAUGUAUACUGUGACAACAAUGGUACCGCGUCUUCAACAUAAACAAACGUUGCUUAUUGUAGUUCUUCAUUAUAAGUAGUGUUUAAGGCCUUUUUUUAUACACUGAUGUUAAGGCCUAAUAUCUUUUAUUCAUUUUUAUGUAACGUUUAUGAAUUAUGACAGGUAUGAAGUUUGUCUUUUAAUCUCCGUUAAAAAAUAUUCUAAUUUGAUGACAGAUGCAUGCAUGUACUGAUAACAAUAAAAUAAAUACAACAAUGAA